AUGGGAGGAAUUGGAGUCGUAGACAUUGGAAGUAACGGUAUCAGAUUUGGUUUGGUAUCAGAAUUGACUCGCCAUUUACCUGUUAUUUACGAAGAACGUGCUCCAAUUUCGUUAUUCGAAGCACAAAAUUUCACACAAUCCGACGUACGUACAGAUAUUCCUGAAAGUGUAAUUAUCGAUGUCGAGAAUAGUUUGAAACGAUUUAAAUUUAUUGCUCAACAAUAUAAUAUCAAUCAUGAUAAUGUUCAUGUGGUCGCUACGGAAGCAACUCGUACUGCACCCAAUUCUAAACAGUUUAUUGAUAGAAUAAAGAAAGCCACGGGAUGGGAAGUUGAAUUAUUAUGUGAAAUGGUUGAAGCUAAAAUUUCUGGAAUGGGCAUCGUUGCUACUUUUUAUGGAGUUGAAGGAUUAGUCAUGGAUAUGGGUGGCGGAUCGGUGGAAUUGAAUUACGUGACUCAUCAACCUUAUGAAAAGGAACAAACAAUCCAAAUGUCCAAUCAUCCAAUUAAUCUUCCUUAUGGUGCUGCUGCCUUAACAAAAUUAUUAAAAUGUAACAAUACUCCUGAGAAACGGGAUGUUUUAUUCAAAAGUAUAGUCCAGGAAUUAAAAGAAGGUUUCAAAAAAUUAAAUGCUCCUGAAACGAUCAAAGCGGAUGAUGGUUGUUUUACGGUCUAUAUGAGCGGAGGUGGACUUAGAUCUUUGGGUUAUUUAAGUAUGUCAGAGUCCGACCACAAAUCAAAUUAUCCUAUUCCCAUCAUUAACGGUUAUGGUACGUCCGCCGAAGAACUUGUCAAAGCUACCAAGCGAAUCACUCCCAAUCAUAACGUUGACGUUGUGGAGCCUCCAGAGGAGGAAGAUAAACCUCUAUUUCCAGAUGGUAAUCCUUUCCGUAUUAGCAAUAGACGUGCAAAGCUUCUUCCUGCAUGCGCUUUCUUAUUGGAAGCUAUUAUGGAAGUUAUCAAAGUGCGACACAUUUAUUUUUGUGAAGGGGGAGUUCGACAAGGAUAUUGCUUCAACAAAUUACCGAGAUCAGAAUGGUCAGUUGAUCCGCUGGAAUCUUUUAUCAAACAUCAUCCACUUCAACCCAAUCAUCUUGAAGAAUCACAUCAUAAGAAAUUACUAAAAGAUAUUAAAAAAGCAAUCCCAUCUAUUGCAUAUGAAAUUCUUGAUUCAGAUCUACCUUCAGGGAAUUCUAAAAAGCCGAAAAGGCUUGAACGUCUCUUGCCAAAUUUAAUAAAUCUCGCUUUUUGGAAUAUGCCUUUUGCAAAAGAAGCUAGACCUAUUUCGGCAUUCCAAUUAUCACUUGCAGGAGGUGCUCUUGCUAAUGCACCUGGUCUCACGCACAUUGACAGGGCUAUCAUAGCUUGGUGUUUAAUGUAUCGAUAUAAUGAAGACGGGAGUGGUGCUAAAAGCGGAGGCGUUAAAGGAGAUAUUAGUACAAUGGCCCCUGGUAUAUUUGAUGGCGUGAAAAAGUUGAUUCCAGGUGGAAAAGAUGGAAGAAAAAUUUGUGAAAUCGUGGGAACUUUAAUUGGGUUCACUAUAUUGUGCUAUCCAGUUGAGGAUGAUAAAUCCUCAAUGGAUGAUAAUUUAGUCAUCUUUGAAUCAUCGGAAAAUAUUACUCAACAAGACUAUAAUAUUGAGGAUAAGAAACCAAAGAAAUACGAAAUAAAAUUGACUUUGGCGGAAUCAUUAUCAUGUAAUAAAUCUGAUGUUUAUUUGGUUAACAAUCCAAUUGUUAAAGGAGCUAGUGAAAAAUUAGAUAAGAAUUAUAAAUUAGGAAAACAUGAGAAAGAUAUAACGGAAAUCGUUAUGAAAGUAGUAGAAUAUAAAUGA